UCUUCCAUACAUCUGCGAACCGAAUCAGAUUAAGUUUGAGAGAAUGGGAGACAUCAAAGAAAUUCGUGAUGCUGCUUUAGCUUAUUACCAUAAUUUGUCUGAAGAGCAAAAGCAGAAGGUGUAUACCUUUUUUCAAGAAAUUGACAUAGAUGGUGAUGGAACAAUAACGAUGGAGGAGUUCAAGCAGAGGUUUGAAGGUAGUUUCGGCGACAAUGUCAACCGUACCUUCGAGGACCUAGACAAAAAUGGAGAUGGCAGUUUGGAUUUUGAGGAAUCUAUCACUCUUUACUACUCUUUUAAGACCCGGAGGACUAUUAGUUGCGAUGGAUGCAAAGCCUUUUUUCUAAAGGGACUGUAUUUCACUUGCGUGGACUGCUUCGAGCAUAACCGAACUACAACUUUUGAUCUUUGCACCUCCUGCUACCGCAGCCGCAACUACGUUCACGAACACUGCAACUUUUUGGACAACUAUGCCUUACUACGUACUAAGGCUGCUUAUACCAAAUCUGGGUCGACAAACCAGCUAAGAUCUCUGAAAGCCUUCAAAACCGGUAUUGAAAUCGCAGAUGCUGUGGGAAAUAUUUCUGCUGCAGCUGCUUCAUGCAUCAUUAUGUAAUCAAUUGCAAUAGCUUGAAUGCUUGGAUCUAUGUGUCUGCCUGUUUGGCGUUGGUAGCUU